CUCAGCUGGGGGGGGGGGGUGAGAGUGUGUGUGUGCAGAUGAGGAGAGAUCACGUGGGCUAAAGUUUCAGCCUCCAUCCUGCCGCUCACACGCAUUUUGCUUUGUGUCUGCAGACCAUCUUGACUGACUGACUCUCGUGGUUCCGGUGUGCAGCGCAUGAGCACGUGCUGAGGACGUCUUGCCAGGUGCACCUGCUGAAAGAAGGACGCUAUUGGGACGUUGCUGACCGAGGAGGGUCUACAAGGCGAAAUGACGGUAAGAUGAAGGAGAAAGGUUGUCAUCCACCAGGAAGCAUUCCAGGACACUUCCAGGACGUUUUCCAAAUCCAUGGUCGGCAUGUGGACACUUGGAAUGCUGUGAAGAACUGAGCGUCUAUUAAGAUCAACGGUCUCCAGCGCAGCGAGACAUGCAUGCGAGUGUUAGAAAUGCACUUUAUGUUGCGUGUGCACGCCAGCCACGGCCCUCCUAUGUGAUGCGUUGCUGACACGCGCUAAACAUCUCUGACGUUCUGAUGAUUCUUGCUGCCUCGUAAACGUCUCAGCUGCGCAAAUCCCGUCUGGACGCUACGGUCGGCUCUCACGCAGUGUUGCUGCAUCGUCUUACAUAAGAAGCUCGCACCAUAAACACCCCUCAAGGGGGACACGUGUGGAAAGUUUGUUUCUGGGAGAGAGCCAGCCGCACGCACACGCACACGCACUUAUGUAACCUGAGCAUCCCGCAGAGAGAAAGUUGUCCUCUUAAAAUGAAGACACUUGAGUGCUGUGGGCGUGGCCCCCAAAGAUGCUAGUUGAGGUUGGGUUAGCCUAACUAGUUUAGCAACACGGUCGGUAGGCGGGGCUUUCUUGUAUUUUCCCGGAACAUUUCCCUUAUUUUGCACGGCACAUGUUGCCAGAUACGUUGUGAGGAUGUGUCACCAUGGCGAUGGCCACCACAUCGGUCAUCGUCGCUGGCGUACUUAGUGAAUGGAACCCCCGGGCCCACCCGGUCCCCCCAUCCCCGCUGAGUAAGAGUUGAGCAGCGCCAGCGGACGAGCUGUCAGCUCAUCGCCCGCCACGUCUUGGAGCGACAUUUACCGACAGACUUUCACACGGCCGCACCGGCUGGCAUCCUGUCCUCGUACACUUAGUCUGUUGAGUGCAUAAGUACAUAAGUGCAUGAGUGCAUGAGUGCAUGGCCAGCGUGCAGUUGUGGACACUUAGCGCCCUCCGUGGCUGCCUUUUUGGCUACGUAACGGAAGGGGGGCCACUAACUGGAAUUCAAUGAGACAAUCUUUGGGGGACAUACUGUAUGGAGGACAUUGUUGCAAGCAGACGACAGGUGAUGGCACAAACCCGCCCCCCUGGCUUGGUCUCUCCAGUGUCGGGGUCGUUGCUCUGCACCGCUGGGAUUACCAUGACCUGGAAGACACUUCCUGUGUGUGUGCGCAGGCCGCCACCAGGCUCCUGGAGGACAUGUGUCACCUGACCGCCCAGUCUCUCAACAGACUGGAGACGUCGGAGCACUUCCAGAUUGUCAAGCUGUUAGGUCAAGGGUCGUACGGGAAGGUCAUGCUGGCCGUACACAACAAGAGCGGAACUCCCAUGGCUCUGAAGUUCUUCCCACGCAAGUCCACGUCUCUGCCGUCCUUCCUGAGGGAGUACAACCUGUCUUUGUCCUUCUGCACGCACCCGUCCCUGAGCCGCGCCGUGGGCAUCGCCUACUUCACGUCCUCGCAUUACGUCUUCGCCCAGCAGGCCAGCCUCUUUGGCGAUCUCUACGACCUCAUCGUGCCCGAGGUGGGUCUGGAGGAGGACUGCUGCCAGCGGGUGGUGUCCCAACUGGGCGGCGCCCUGUCCCACCUGCACUCGCUGGGUUUUGUCCACAGAGACGUCAAACCUGAGAACGUCUUCCUGUGUGACGCCACCUGCCGCUGGGUGAAGCUGGGCGACUUCGGGAUGGUGAAGGCCCGAGGCAGCAAGGUCCCAGAGGUGUGGUACCGCUCCCCCUACUGCACCCCUGAAGCCGAGGUGGCCAGAGGCGAUGAGGACAGCCGAAGCGACCGGAAGUCCAGAGUCCAGGUGAAGAUGGAGGAGAAGAACCGGCACGCACGGGUUUGGACCUCAGUGGAGCCCAGCACGGACAGCUGGGCCUUGGGCAUCCUGACCUACGCCAUGCUGACCGGCACCCACCCUUGGGCUCAGACCUCCAACGAUUGCUGCGCCUACCUCAAAUACCUCCAGUGGCUCAACACCGCUAAGAGCCCUGAGGACAACCUGGACGUGUGGGCGGAGCCACCAUGCCAGGGCACAGCCGCGGAUUCAUCGGAGGCGGACCUGGAUGGGAAAGAGCGCCCCCCUGUGGCGCCCCAGUUUGCUUGCUUCACGCCGCUGGCCCACGCUUUCUUCCACUUGCUCCUCAACCCCAGCCCGCAGGCUCGCGGGCGACCCGAGGACUCGCUGGCGUACCUGGGAGGGGCGUGGCUGCUAGAGGGGGAGCGCGCUCGGCUGGAUGAGGAGAGGAGGAAGAGCAGAGGGAAAGGAGCCAUGAAGAACGUGAAGGAGACAGAGGGGAGAGCAGCACUGGGAGACCUCCGCCAAGGCUUGGAAUGUGAAAGGCAUGAUGGGGGCUCUGAAGGAAGAUGGCCUGCAAGCUGAUGGUCCAUCUUGCUGCGUAGAAAAGUGCAGACAGGAAGUUGCACGGCCUCUUCAGUGGAGGUCACACACGUCACGUAGCGGCUGAGGUUCUGCAGGGAGGUUUUGUAGAGUUCUUUUGUCCUUGCGUCUAUAUUUGGAUUUUUGAGGGCUGCUGACAACUUUUAUCGGACAGCUUGUUGAGCCGUAAACACGUCCGACUUCCCCGACCUCCUCACUCAGCACCUCGCUAGCUAGCAUCAGCAGCACUUUAGCACCGACACUUAGAACAGGAACCACUUUUGUUUUUGGGUUUUUUUAAUGAUCUAGAUUCACAAACCCUAUUUGAGACAGUUGAACGACACACACACACACACACACACACACACACACACAGAGGGGCCCAUUUGGGCAGCCUCCCCAGAUGUUGACAAAAAUAGACUCACGCUCGUAAACUUGACACGACAGCUUUCAGCACAGGCUCACCGGUUUGAUCCCUCCGCGUGUCGUGGCCCACCUGACCAAAUCCUGGUAUGGACCACAUCUAAGCUGUGUAGCAGUUUGACCUUUGUUUUGUGCUCCCGUUGUAACCAUGACAGCCUGUCUAACCAGAGCUUUUAUUUUGUAGGGAGUCCCACCAAGCAGCGCUGUUGUUUUGUUGGAGGUACUGGCUAAAAUGUGACGAAAGCCCAAUAAAAGUGCCAUGACUUGC